AUGAAGCUACGGCUCCAGCAGGUUCAACAAGCUCAACAGGAAGAGAACCGGUCCAAGGGUAACAUGGAGGAAGAACGAGAUAGUCAACGGAGGGAAACCCCCCGAAGACCAUCUACUCCGGACGAACAAAACUCAGAUCUUCUUCGAGAAAUGAGGAAAGAGAUGGACGAACUAAGGAGUGCUAUCAAAGAGAAGACGGACCGAAGCGUAGACAAAAUGAUAAGGGCUACGGAUUCACCAUUCACUGCUGUGGUACUUGAAUGCCCUGUGCCGUCGAAGUUUCGCUUGCCUCAAUUGGAGCCAUUCGACGGACUCAAGGACCCACAGGAUCAUCUUAAUACCUUUAAGACGACUCUGGGUCUUCAGCAACCAUCUGACGAGAUAUUGUGUCGUUCCUUCCCGACGACUCUCAAAGGAGCUGCAAGAGAAUGGUUUACUAAGUUGCCAAACUCGUCCAUAGACAAUUUCGAUCAGCUGAGUAGUGCCUUCUUGCGCCACUUCAUAGGGGGACAACGCCCAAGGAGGCCAGUAGAUUACUUACUCACCAUAAGACAGGGAGAGAAGGAGACUCUGAGGUCAUAUGUCAAGCGAUUCACCCGGGAAACUCUGGAAGUAGACGAAGCUGAUGACAAGGUACAGCUGACGACCUUCAAAGCAGGGUUGAGAUCCAGAGACCUCGUGGCCUCUCUUGCAAAAAACCCCCCGAAGACGAUGGCUGAGAUGCUCUUGAAGGCACAAAAGUACAUGAACGCGGAAGAUGCUCUAGCUGCCAUAAAAGAUACUGAGAGACCAGGAGACAAGUCCAAGAGGGAAGACGACCGUAGAGGGCAAAAGAGAGACAGACCAGAACGUCGGAACAAUGACGGGAAUAGAAGGAAGGACGACAAAAAUCCUCGAACGGUGAAAUUUCCGACAGACAACGACGUGGGUGAAGUGAAGGGUGAUCAAGUCCUGGCAAGGGAAUGCUAUCAGGCCGUACUGGCAAGAAAGGAGAAUCACACGUGGACGAUUGAAGAGAAAGAGGAAGACGGGAUGGAGACCCUGGAAGCAGUGGAAUUGGUAGAAGGAGAUGCGGACAAGACGACCAAGAUAGGGACGACGCUAAGCCCCGAGAUGAGAACGAGACUCAUAAAGUUCCUUAAAGGGAAUCUAGAUGUCUUUGCUGGAGUCACGAGGACAUGCCGGGCAUAUCUUCAGAAGUCAUCCAGCAUAGGCUGA